GCAGGAUUAACGGAAAGGAUUGCGGGCCUCGUUCGAGCCUCGUACGACAUGAUAAGAGGCAGGUCCCGAUGUCCCGAAGGGUGUCACAGGACCGGAGGAAAUCGAUCGUUGAAGGAAGCAUCAGCUUAUCCGAGUAGGAGCAGCGCUUAUCAAAACGGAACUCGGGACUCGAGCCUGAGACAUUAAAAGGAGAAAAUAGUAACGCACUUGCGUAUAGAAUAUAAAAAAGCAGAGGACAUUAAGAUAAAGGAGAGAAAGGAGGAUAAGCGCGAGGUGGUGGAGUAUAAUAUGAGAGGGAAGUGACGACUUGGAGGUGGAAGUAGAAGAAGUCGAGAAAGAAGAAGGAGGCGGGAAUGAUGAGGCGUUCGAGGGGGAGGAAACAGAACGAGGAAGCUUAAGCACGAGCGAGAGAGCUCGAAGAAGGAGAAGAAGGCUACCUUGGAACCCUAAGUUUUUCCACUGACGUCAAAGGGCAAGAAACCUCCGGAGGAGUUGAGCGAAGUUGAAGAAACUGUAGCAACGGUGAGAGGAUCUCGAAGGUGUAUAAUCGACGCCCUGGUGAUCGGUUUCGGGGGGUUGGUCGAUCGAUGACCGAGCUACUCGUCUCCGUUGAGUUUGACAAAGUUCUUCGAGUGCCUCGAAUCAAAGUGUCGCCGUCCCGGUGCUUUUGCCCCUCGUAUUUUGUGACGGAAUCGUUAAUCCGAAAGACGAAUGGAAACUAAGUUGGUGUCGUUCGGUUUUUAAUAACGCGAGGAGUUACAAUGAGACGAGCAGGAUCUCGAGAAAGUGCGAGGGACAAGAAAACGACCAAGUUUUAUACACCCCGUCGGUUGAUACUCAAGGGAUAAGAGAAGAAAAUCGGAUCGAGACUGAUCGUCGCGAUUGAUAUUGCGAAAAAUUCGCAAGACGGGAAAAAUCUGUGAAAAUCUACGCGCCUGUUUCCACAAACACUCGUCGCACAAUAUUUUUAUCUCUCUCGCUUUAUUUCCUUUUCGUAACGCGCGCGUGUGUGUAUAAAAAGCUUUCGAAGUUGACGAACGUCAAAGCAGAACGCGCCGCCAGUGCCCGGGGCUAAGUACGAGUCCUCGACGCGUGCCGAGCCGCCCUGAUCACAGAAACCGCCCCCGACGUGCUGGAGUGAAACAAGUGAAAUAAGGGAAAAGAGCCGCUGAUCCGUACAGGGAAAAAUACAAAAAAAAGAGAGAGAAAGACAAUAAAAGACGAGAAGAAACACAGAAAGAGAAUGAGAGGAAAAAACGCUCGGCGAGGGUCCUUUCGUUCGAGUGUGUAAAGAGCCCAAAGGGGAUUCAAAACCACAAGCAUAUCAGUAAUCCCUCUCGCCAAUUCUCGCGCUAAGGGCUCCAGCUCUGCGAGCACUCUCUUUUCUCGUACGUGUUAUAUUUUUCGUACACACGCUUCUCGCUCAAUCCCCACAUGUAUAUAAUACGAGCAAGUGAAUACCAAAAAUUUUUUCAUCCCUCAUCGAUAUCCCAAUAAGCGACUCUCGGAGUACCAAAAGACAUUGAGCAAGUUGAGGCGAUGACAGGAUGCCUUCGUCCCGGACCCACGUCCCUACAGGACCUAAAACUCCGAAAAUUUUCGGCCCCCAUUUAGUACCUACGAUCAUCGUAUUUAUUACUCUCUUCCACCUUCACCGGGCUUCCGGUCUAAUGAGCAACUCCGUAGACGAUUGGGUCAGCCACAACGCUGUUGUGUGCAACGGUAUUCCCGGACUCACCAAAGAACAGAGAGACCUCUGUCAUCGCAGCCCCGACGUCACCGAAGCUGCCCUCAAGGGCCUCAGGAUCGCCAUCGCCGAAUGUCAACACCAAUUCACCUGGCACAGAUGGAAUUGCUCAUCCCUCACUGCCAGCAGCAGGAAACAACAGAACAGCAUUUUACUUCAAAGAGGUUACAGAGAGACGGCAUUCGCGUACGCGAUAUCGGCGGCGGGUGUAGCGCACAGCGUGGCUCGUGCCUGCGGAAUGGGACGCCUGAUAUCAUGCGGUUGCGACCCAUCGUCUUACAAAGGUGGAAAAACGCCCGGAAAAACCCGAGGGCAAUGGAAGUGGGGCGGUUGUUCGCACAACCUCGAUUACGGCAUAGAAUUCUCACGGCAGUUCCUAGACACGAGGGAAAAGGCCGGUGACAUACAGUCGACCGUUAACUUGCACAACAAUCAAGCUGGCAGAUUGGCAGUCGCGAGCAACAUGCAGGUGCGUUGCAAGUGUCACGGGAUGUCGGGCUCGUGCGAGUUGAAGACUUGCUGGAAGGUCGCGCCGGAUUUCCGCAUGGUGGGAAAAACGUUGAAGGAUCGAUUCAGAAACGCGAUCCUCGUGGCGCAGAGCAACCUGGGGAACGUGACGCCGUUGACGCGGGUCCGAGGUUCGCGUCGGCGGAGGCCGGACCGUCAGCACCACAAGGGGCGCAAGCAGCACCGUGCGAGCUACAACAACCAGCCGAAGAAGCGAAAGCCGCGAAAUCUCUCGAAGCAGCUUUUCUACUAUCAAAAAUCCCCGAACUUUUGCGAGCGGGAUCCGCUCGCGGACAUUCCAGGAACGGCAGGAAGACGCUGCAACCGGACGAGCUCCGGCGGCGACGGCUGCGCUUCCUUGUGCUGCGGACGAGGCUACAACGUCGUCAGACAGCGCAGAGUCGAAAGAUGCAGAUGCAAAUUUCACUGGUGCUGUUUCGUACAGUGCCAAAACUGCACCGUCGAGGAGUGGAUCACUGUGUGCAAGUGA